GUGUCUAACUCCUCCCUCCCUCCGCGUUCAGCUCAAGCGAUUCUGCACUCACCGCCUUCGACCUUGCCCAUUAAACUUCCCUGGCGCACAAUUCUACGAGCCGCCGCUUCGGAACUCACACUCCAUUUCAUCGAUUCUCGCCCUUCCUUUCUCCCACGCGUCCGUUCAUUCAAGUCCGUACUUGACGCGCACGGUAUGGUACCUACUUGGUUAUCUAUAUAUACACUACAGUUGCAGGAACCGUCCGCCAUGAUGAUCCGCAACAAGCGGCCGCUCGCCGCCGCAGAUUUCUUCUUCGGCGAGUGCAAAUUCGUCGUUUGCACGUUUUCCCGAUAAAUGUAACCUCCAGGCAAUUCUCCGGCGAAGAUGAAUCGGGGCGGAAAAAGCGGGCGCUGGAUGCGGCGACUGAAAGGCAACACCUCUGGUGGCAUUUCAACUGCUGCUUCUGACAGUGUUGGAGGACAUGGAGCGUCCUUUGGUAGUGGUGAUGGGGGAUAUGCACAUAGUAGCAAUCAAUGCUCUGCCGCAAAAUCUAUUUUCGGUGCUCCCGGAUGUCGCAGACACCUGCAUCUGUCAAGUAAAUCCUUUGCAUCUGCUUCUUCGUUGAAUUGGAAGGAUGGUCUCCGAGCUGGGCAAAGUGAACCCAGGAGACCUCACACACCAGUGAAAGACAUUGGUUUACAACAACCUCAGUCAAGGAAGAAGUCAGUGUCUAAGCGUGACGAGGAAAUUUUUCCUUUUGAGGGUGGUGGUGGUAGUAGUUCGUAUGUUAGUGUUAAUAGGAGGAAGACCAGGAUUGACCUGAGACCAAGGUUAGAACAGAACAUUAUGCGGGAUGAUGGUACUACUUCAAAAUUGGAUGCUGCUAACUGUACGAGCCAGCAUGAUCGACACCCUGCUGAUGCUUAUUCUGAAACACGGGGCAGGAAUAGCCAUAAAAGAGAAUUCAAAUCUCGCAGACAGAGUAUAAUGGGUAACCCCAGUACGACGAGUUCAGGCUCUCCCUUGGGCUCGAAUAAAGUUCUACCAUUUGAUAUUUGUCUGCCUCAAGGAAGAAAUUUGGUACUAGAAGAUGCUCGAAUGUCUGAAAGGGAUAGGGCUGAGGAAAUAUUGCAGACCGCAAAAGAACUUGGGCAAGUACUGAGGCCUGGAAUGGUUUUGCUCAAGAAGUAUAUUGCCCUCCGCGAACAGGUUAAAAUAGUAAAAAUAUGUCGGGAGCUUGGCGUGGGCCCUGGUGGAUUUUACCAACCAUCUUUCCCGGAUGGGGCAAGGAUGCGAUUGCAGAUGAUGUGCCUAGGUAUGAAUUGGGAUCCGAUAACAAGAGCAUAUGAAGAAAAGAGACCAUUUGACGGCUCGAGGCCACCUGAUAUACCUUAUAGUUUUAGGCAGUUGGUCGAACGAGCAAUUGGAGAUGCACACGAGCUUGUUGUGGAGGACAUGCCAUUGAAAAACCCAAGACACAUACUGCCAACAAUUUCUCCAAACAUAUGCAUUGUAAAUUUCUAUACUACCAGUGGGCGACUCGGUCUUCAUCAGGACCGUGAUGAAAGCCGGGAUAGCCUCGGAAGGGGUUUGCCAGUCGUGUCCCUGUCCGUGGGCGACUCAGCAGAGUUUCUGUAUGGUGACACGAGGGAUGUGGACGAGGCAAAGACAGUUGUACUGGAAUCCGGAGAUGUACUUAUAUUUGGAGGCAACUCUAGAAUGAUAUAUCAUGGCAUUUCAUCGAUCUACGCCAACUCCGCACCAAAGGCUCUUCAGGAUGAAGCCGGGUUUCGCCCAGGACGCCUCAACCUCACAUUCCGCCAGUUCUGAAUGUUUCAAUUUUGUAUUCUCCAUUUCUUAUGUAGCUUGUUGCAAUAUAAAUACAUUUUUAAAAGUAAAAUACAAAAGAAUACUAAGUAAUAUGUACGAUAUGCGGGAUAAAAUACCAAAUCAAUUUUAUAUAA